AGGCGUUUAUUUUGCAGAAAGAGAGAGAGAGAGAGAGAGAUACUGAGAGGCAAAUCACAGUUGGAGCAUUGAAAGAGGACACAUACUCACAACUGGUCCACAUUUCCAGGUUUUGCACCUAAAAAAAACACUGUAACCACUUUUUCCUUGAACAAAAAAAAGUUGAAGACGCGGUCAUGGCCGGAAUAACGUUGGGACGCACGCUGCUCCUGUGCACCUUGCUCCUCUGGGGGUUUCAAGUUUGCUGUGGGGCGAUAACUGUGAAGGUGGCUCCUAAGGUGGAGGUGAACAGAGGCGACACUGCCAAACUGCCUUGUGAAUAUUCCGGCACGAGCUUAGACGAUAUUGUGGUUACUUGGUAUAUUACGGAGGAAGAAUCUGACCAAAGAAAACGUGUGGCUUAUCGUAAAACGUCUGGACACCAUGAAAGCGACCCUGAGUCUCCUCUUUUCGGACAAGUCAGCAUUUCAGAGGACUUCACCUUGACCGUCACGUCUGUGAAACCCAGCAAUCAGCUCACCUUCUACUGUGAGGUCACUGCUGGAAAGGAUGGAUCCGGAGAAGCCAGCACUAAGCUUGAGGUCUUUGUUGCUCCCCAGAAACCAGAAAUCAAAAAACCAUCUUCUCAGGCCAUCUCAGUGGGAGCUAGCAGCAGCUCAGAGAUUGGCACCUGCACAACAAUGAAUGGGUUCCCCGCUCCAAGGAUCAUCUGGUUCAAAGACAACAUGCCUCUUCCCGAGGUCAAAGACAAAAAAGAGAACACCUACAUGGUUCCCUCUACGGUGAAGGAGGCUUCGGGUCUGUUCACCAUAAAGAGCGUCCUGUACAUGAAACCCACAAAGGCGGAUAAGGACUCUCUGUUUCAUUGUACUGUGGAGUACAGCUUGGCGGGAGAGCAGAACAAGAACAUCCAGAUGAAGUCUGAGCCCAUGAAAAUUGAACUUCACUAUCCUUUUGAACACGUGAUGUUUGAUCUUCUCAAUGCUACUGAUGUCAAAGAGGGUGAUGACGUCACCCUAAAAUGUGCGACUGAUGGAAACCCUCAGCCUUUCUUCGACUUUUACAAACAAGUGCAGAACGAGGCCAAAAAGAUGGAAGGUGCGGAUGGUCUUCUGACACUAAAAUCGGUCAAGCGUACGGAUUCCGGUAAUUACACCUGCAUCGCCACGGACUUUGAAUUAGACGAAAAGAGUGCCUACAAGAUCCUUGUCGUCAACUACAUCGACCAGAUGAGCGUGACCCCAGCUGAGCCCAAAAGUGUCAAGUUGGGCGACAAGGUGGAGUGGCAGUGUAAGACUAAGGCAUCUAAACCGCACACUGUUCAAUGGAAAAAGGGCUCCACUGUGCUUUCUCAAGAUGGGACCCUAUCAAUCGAAAGUGUUACCUAUGAAAACGCUGGAGAGUAUGUGUGUGUUGGAGCUGUUUCAGAUGUCCCGGGACUCACCGCCCAGGCCAGUGUAAACCUGACUGUGACAGGACAACCACAGAUUGAGAAUCCUGCAUUUGGGGAGGUGACGAAGGAAGGAGAAGAAGUGACUCUGAAGUGUUCGGCAUAUGGCUACCCCAGCCCUAAGUUUACCUGGAAGCCCUCAGCAAAAGAGACAAUCUCCCGGGAAGAUAACAAGAUAGUGAGCACUGCUACUUUCGAAGCUACGGCUGACAUCAUGGAGAAAGGUGUGACCUGCGAGGUCUCCAACGAAUACGGAACAGAUAGCAAGACCCUCUUCGUAAAGGUCAAACGAGCAAACACAGCUCAAGUGCUGCUCUCUGGAAACCCUGUGCUUACGUCAGCCGACAAGCAGCAGGGAGGCCCCAGCGCCGUCGUCGUGGCUGUGGUGGUCUGCGUUCUGCUUCUUCUGCUGCUGGUUUCCCUCAUCUACUUCCUGAGCAAGAAGACCACAAUGUGCAGCAAGAAGGACAAGCAGGAACCGGCCAGUAGUAAUGUUAACGACAUUGUGGUGGAGAUGAAGUCGGAUAAGGCCAAUGAAGAGGCCGGUCUACUCAACAAAAAAGUGAGCACAGAACAGUAAUCAAACCGGAUGAUCGAAAUAACUCUGACGGCCGAAUGAAUGAGGAUGACAGUUUGGAGGACAACAGGACUUUUUUUUUUUGGUUUCUGACUCAUGAUUGUGAUGGGGACAACAAUUGCCGGUGUUGGGAGAUGGAUGCAUGUUCAUAGCUUCAUGGAUCACCAUAAUUAGCUUUGGCUAUGCUUAUUUUCCAUCCUAGGCUAGAUCGGCUGAGUGGAGAUUCUCUACUUUUUUUGUUGCUAUAUACGAUUGUUAAAAAACUCCAUCCAACUCGGAGUUUAAAAUAACCCAUACGAAAUCAAAAUGCUUCAUCGGAUACAUUUUAUUUUCAGUCACAUUAUUUCAUUAACCCCCUGUGUCUUCUUCUGUUUUGGGUCUUCAUUCAGUGAUUACGCUGUUAAGCUUCUGUGCUUUGCAGUCUGAGCUUAAAUUAUUGCUGGGAAUGUUGGGAAAUACUAUAACCUACUGUCACUACUGUAGAAGACUUUCACUCACAAAAUGUAAUCCUUCAAUCGCACCAUUUGUCUGUUAAAUCUUUGCCUAAGACUUCUUGUGUCUUUUACUGAUGUUUUACAGCGUUGUUACUACCUGGUUAUGUUUUGCAUUUGAUUGUCUUCAAGACCCAUGCGUAGCUUUUAAUAGAAACGGGACAGGUAUUUAAUAACUGUUUAGGAUCACUUACGGUUUUAAAUCCUGUUCAAAAGACACCAAACAAGCCAGCAUUUAGGUUGUACAAUUUUUUUUUUUUUUUUUACUUUUCUAUCACAUCUAUGUAUAUUAUGUGCAUUUUCUGUUUUAUUUUGGGUUUUCUUUUCUUUCCUUUUUUUAAUGCUUUGCUAUAAACCUUCCCUGUAAGUUCAAAAACAGACUCUCCUGUUAGAGAACAUGGUGAAAGUGGUUGCUAACCUGGUGUUAUAUUCAUCUCAAAUUCUGGGAAUGACAUCACCUCCAAGUUAAAGGAGUUGUAGUGGCAAGUUGGUGAAACUGUUGAAUUAGCCUGGAUUUGUCCUAAGUGACCGCGCUAACUAUUAGUGGUAGGUACAAGAUGAUUAGAAAAUUAGUUUUUUCUCAAUCAACGUUAUGCAUUCAAACAGAAAUAUGCUCAAAAAUACUGCAAAUAAUACCAUAACUCCACAGGUUUAGUGAAAUAUACGGUAAACUGUCAGAAGUGAAAACGAACAGUUAUUACCGCAGCUUUAGCUAUGUUUUAUUAACGCCACCAUAUUGAAUAAGAGCUCAACAUCAGCUGUGGACUUAUGGCUCUCCAAGUCAGAUUUCCAGCUUGCUUAAUUCAAAAUUUCUGAUGUAGAACAGAACAUUCUGACUUCAGAAUACAAAUAGUUGCAGGGUACCAUUUGUUAAAAUUGGUGGAAGGCCAGGAAAAUCCUUCUUGCAUCUUGAGCUCAAAAAAAUCUGCCAGACAAGGAAAACCAGUUUGAAACAAGGAGGGAAGAGAGAAAUCAAGUAAGAGAGUUGGGGGUUAUUUCAUAAUAGGUGAUGUUUCUUUCUCCGCCUUGUUUACCAGUUUAAAUGUGUUGAUAGACACUUCAUCUUAUUGUCAGUGUUUAGGUACGUAAUUCAGACAUUGUUUUCUUUCUAUGUCAGCAGGCCAAAAAAAGUUGGAUAGCAGGUUGAAUCCAUUGUUUUUUUUUUUACUUUGUUAUACACUGGAGCAUAUGACCUUAAUUUCCUUAAAAAAAGGUCACCUCAAACCACUAUUUGUGGCCAGAAAACUUAUUUUUUUCCAAUGUUUGUUGUAAUUGUUCAACAGACCUAAGACUUUGACCACUGUCUUUGUUUUUUUUAUAUUUUUUUGACAUGUUAUAUGAGAAUGCUGUGUUAUAUCAUUUGUUUGUUUUUUUUAGAAAGGGGAUUCUUAACUUUGGAACUACUGAGUUUUCCUUUUUCCACACUUUUUUGCUCGCUGAGAAAAAUACAAUUGUUUGGGACUUUUUUUGUAUUUGGAUUUUCUUUUUUAAAUAAGAUAUUCUCAAUGCUUUAUUUCUCUCUAUUUUUAUUGUAUACUGUAUAUUUUGUGGUACACUGUUCGUGAUUAAUGUGGCGUGUUGAUGUAUCUUGUUUUUAUUUUUGUUCCUGCUGUUUAGAAUUUAUAAUGAAACAGAAAAAAACCUCAAGAAAGCCAAUCACACCCCAA